GAAUGUAAAGCUGUACAGUUAUGGCGACCCCAAAGAGAAAGCAUGAAAGAACCUUUAGAGUAGAGUUCAACACUUAAGGCAAGUAGACAAGCCAAAGACCUCUUAAGGAUCAGGCUUGAAGAGAAGGGAGAGUUUGGGAAAAGAAAAAUUAAAGAAAAGCUGGAAGAAGGACAAGCCUAAUGGGAGACAAAGCCUCGCUUUAUCUACAAAAGGGGGAAAAGGUUGUUUUUCAAAGUUAAAGAUAAAGCCAUCUGUCAUAUUUGGCCAAGCAUCUCAUGACAAGUCCUUCUGACAAGCACUUAAAGAGUUAAAGGUCAAGAUGAAGUUGAAUGAUGGCCAAGAUUAAAGGAGUCAUACCUGAUCACAUUUGAGGAUGUCCGUGAUGCCGAAGACGCUUUACAUAAUUUGGACAGAAAAUGGAUUUGCGGACGCCAAAUUGAAAUACAGUUUGCACAGGGGGAUCGGAAGACUCCAAAUCAAAUGAAAGCCAAGGAAGGGAGGAAUGUGUACAGCUCUUCACGCUAUGAUGAUUAUGACAGAUACAGACGUUCUAGAAGCCGGAGUUAUGAAAGAAGAAGAUCAAGAAGCCGGUCCUUUGAUUACAACUAUAGAAGAUCUUAUAGUCCUAGAAACAGUAGACCGGCUGGAAGACCACGGCGUAGCAGAAGCCAUUCCGACAAUGAUAGAUUCAAACACCGAAAUCGAUCUUUUUCAAGAUCUAAAUCCAAUUCAAGAUCACGGUCCAAGUCCCAGCCCAAGAAAGAAAUGAAGGCUAAAUCACGUUCUAGGUCUGCAUCUCACACCAAAACUAGAGGCACCUCUAAAACAGAUUCCAAAACACAUUAUAAGUCUGGCUCAAGAUAUGAAAAGGAAUCAAGGAAAAAAGAACCACCUAGAUCCAAAUCUCAGUCAAGAUCACAAUCUAGGUCUAGGUCAAAAUCUAGAUCAAGGUCUUGGACUAGUCCUAAGUCCAGUGGCCACUGAUAGUAUAAACCUUGAUAUUUUUAGGCAUGUAUCAUUCAUUUACUCAUAGUUUGGUUUACUUAAAUUAUCAGGAAUACAAUGUUGCAAUGAUGCUUAAAAAACACUUGUCAGUUUUCCCUGUACCAGGCAAAUGGUUAUAAUUAAAAUGAUAUGCUGUUGAGAAGCCACUCUUAAGAGUCCAGUUUGUUUAAUGUUACGGGCAGCUACCAAUUUGUGGUGUCUCUGUAUAUUUUUGUAAAGAUUCUCAUUUUUUAUGCUUGAAGUAUUGGUGAAAAGAUGUUGGUUGACCAUAAUUUGCAACAUUGUCUUAUUAAAAAUAAACUUUCAUAACCAUAUUUGGUAGAACUGUUAACCUAGAAAUGUAGCUUGCUAAUAAGAUAGAAUGAUACAAAAGUGAAGUUGUAGCCACAGUACAACACUGACUGAUCAGACACAUGUAGGUUCAGGGUGGACCUUUUUGUCUUGUUAAGAUGUCUAGGCCCGUGAUAAUAGUUAAUUUAUGACAGAGCGUGGAAUAGUUCUUUUGUUAACCCCACUGUCUUGGGGAAUGAUGCCAACUGGGUUAAGUAGCAUUUGGGGGAAGAUUGAGUUUUUAACUGAAACAUGGAGCCUUCACUGCUUUUUUCUAGUUUCUGUGAAGAUUUGAAACAUAUAAACAUCAGAAGAACUCACCUUAAAAUUUAAGCAGGUCAAUAAUGGCAGAAAUAAUUUUAAGGGAAAAAAUGCUCUCAAGUAGUUCCUCUCAACUUCAAGGAGCAUUGUUGGUGAUACUGCUUAGUUUUCUUAACUGCUGUUAAAAAGCAGCAAGUAAAUUGUUUCAGAGUAGAUUUUGUUCAUGCAUAUGCGUAGUGUAAACUGAAUUUUGAUGCUUAUAGCACUUGGUCUGUGCAUUUGUAUCAAAAUUUGCCUCCCACUUUAUGAAGGAGACUUGUUCUUCACACAUCAGCUAAUUUCAGGUGAGGCAAGUUGAAAGAGAACACUCCCAUUCUAGGUGAUCCUGUGGUGCCAUGAAAUUUAAAAUAUUUUGGAAAAAGAAUUAAAGAGUCCCAUCUCUGAGUUUGAUUAUCAAUGUAGUACCUGGCAGUACCUGACUAAAAAAGAAAACAAGACCCUAAUCGUUUAUAAUUUCUAGCGUUUCUCUGAGAGAUCGUUUGGGGGGGCAAUAAGAGGGACUUGUCCGAUCUCAUUUCAGAAUAAAAGCUAGCAUCUUUAAAAAUUUUAGAUUGCUUGCUUGCAGGUAUAAGUAAGAAAUAUUGUGGAGAAACGAUUCCUUUUAGAGGAUUACUUUUUUCCAAUUUUGGUUUUAGUAAUAUAGGCCUUGCCUGUAAAGAACAAAAAAGAUGGUUUUUAAAUACUGUUUGUGGAAUGUGUUUAAAGGAUUGAUUCUAGAACCUUUGUAUAUUUGAUAGUAUUUCUAACUUUCAUUUCUUUACUGUUUGCAGUUAAUGUUCAUGUUCUGCUAUGCAAUCAUUUAUAUGCACGUUUCUUUAAUUUUUUAGAUUUUCCUGGAUGUAUAGUUUAAACAACAAAAAGUCUAUUUAAAACUGUAGCAGUAGUUUGCAGUUCUAGCAAAGAGGAAAGUUGUGGGGUUAAACUUUGUAUUUUCUUUCUUAUAGAAGCUUCUAAAAAGGUAUUUUUAUAUGUUCUUUUUAACAAAUAUUGUGUACAACCUUUAAAACAUCAAUGUUUGGAUCAAAACAAGACCCAGCUUAUUUUCUGCUUGCUGUAAAUUAAGCAAACAUGCUAUAAUAAAAACAAAAUGAAGGAAA